AUGGACCGCCCGGAGCCUGGACUGAUCAAGUGGUCGCAGAUUCCCGGCUGCGAUAGCUUCAUCCACAUCAACCUCCAGCAUCGCGUCGUGCAGCUAUACGAAGCCAGCGGGCUCGCGCAGAGGAGCCGGUUCGACUACAAGAGGCUAUCGAAACACGAUGACUUCCCCACCCUUACUACGUAUGACUGGUCGCCGACGGUACCUGGCCUGCUGGCCGUUGGCACCCAGACCGGUGUCGUCAAUCUGCUGAGGAUGGACGACAACUCCAACGCUUACAUCGAGUUGAAUCUUAAAAUGACGAGAACGUGUCAAGCAGUGGCAUUCAGCACCGAGGGCCUUCUCGCGGUCGGCUUGGACCGGGUGCGCAUGGACCAGUGCCUUCACAUUUGGGACGUCAACCGGCUAUCAACGAUGAACAAGACAGCCAAAGGGUUUCCCAAAGACCUACAGGCUUUUGCGGACCCGGCCUAUCGACUGGAACCUAGUGUGUCGGUGUCGAGCGUCAAGUUCUUUGAGGAUAACCCAAAGACCCUGGUGGUUGGAAUCAAGGCUCAGGGCCUGCGCAUUCACGAUUUAAGAGAACCCGGCAGUGUUGUCUCCACGUUCCAGACCAAAUGUAACAACAACCUGGCCAUCGACUACGCUGACCAGAACUACUUCGCAUCGUCGGCGCUAGACCAGCCUGGCAUCAUGAUCUGGGACAGGCGAGCGACAUCCCGACCGGUCGCUUCGCCAUCCUACUUGAGCGCACUAGAAGAGGACGAUCUGCCGUGGGGCGGCGCCUUGAGACUUGACCGGGUGGUUGAGAUGGACGACGAUCCGUCCCUGAGCGAAAGCAAGCACUCCAUCGUCCGCUCCCUGCGCUACUGCCGGGACCGUCGCGGGCUUCUGGCCGUGUUGUCUCGAUCUGGUCAGCUGAAGGUCCUGGAAACGAACAAGGAGAUUACACAUAGUGGCGCGUCUCUGGAGGGUAGUCCGGAGCUGUUGGAGGUGCACAAAUCUCACGACAUGGAUGUUCAAUACGGCGAUAUUGGCCGGAAGAACGACCGGAUCGUGUCUUUUGACUGGGUGACGCUGGAUUCGCCGGUGCUGCAACCUCGACUCGUGAUCCUACGCGCCAACGGAACCUUUGAAAUUCUCGAGCAGCCAUCGUAUACUUCCGACUACCUGUACAAGCUAACGCCAUGGCAGCCACCCCAUCGGGGCUCGAAGAAGGAGCUGCCUAUCGCGGCAUAA